AUGGAUCUUCAGUGCGCUAAAGUCGCCGCCGCUGCUCUCAACGAGGCCAAAUACCGUGAGGCGUGGCACAAGGAUAAGACCAAGUACUCCCUGGUGGAAACUCCAGUGAUGGUCACAGCGAAAGAAGCCGGGAAGAACGUUCACCCGAAACUGUACACGACGGAGUGGGACAAGGCCAAAGCCACCGGAUACUUCAUGCCCGGAGACGCCGUGCCGAUCAAACAGUGCAUCACCACCUCCAAAGUGCAGAGCCAGCACAAGUAUCUGGAGAGCUACCGUAAGCAGGUGGGCCACCACAUCGGCGCCCGCUGUGUCCAGGACGACCCCCUGAUCAUGCUGGCUCUGAACUCGGCCAGAAUCGCCAGUGACGCUCUGUACAAGAAGGACUUCAACAAAUCCAAGACCAAGUUCAACCUCCCUGUGGACAUGCUGAACCUGGAACUGGCCAAGAAAUGCCAGAUCCAAGUGAACGACUUCAACUACAGGACGAGGCUGCACAACUGGACCUGUCUGCCCGACUCCAGCGACGUGGUCCAGGCCCGGAAGGUCUACGACCUCCAGAGCGACAACGUGUACAAAGCAGAUCUGGAAUGGAUCCGUGGAUGCGGCUGGGUGGCUGCGGACUCAGUGGAUCACGUCAAAGUCAGGAAAGCUCAGCAAAUCCUCAACGAAAGAUUGUACAAGAAGAAUGCUCAGGAAUGCUUUGGAAAGUUCACUCUGAUCGUGGAUCGUCCGGAGCUCGUUUUGGCCAGAACCAACGCCGCCAACCUCAGCGACCUCAAAUACAAAGAAACCUUCAACGCGGAGAAGGGCCAGUACAUCGGAGGUGAAGACUCCCCCCAGCUCGCCCACUGCAGAGAGGUCAACAAGAACAUCAGCCUGAAAGGUUACUCUCAACAAUGGGACGAGAGCAAGGCCACCAGCUACCACCUCGACAAAGAAUAUAUUCCACUGCUGAGCGGAAAGAAGGGCAGAGAAAUCGCUUCAGAUGUGAAGUAUAAGGACGCCCAUGAGAAGGCCAAGGGACACUACAUGGCCGGGACCCUGGUGGAUUUCCCUGACGUCAUGCGUUAUGGAGAGCUGGAGAAGAACAAGGGAGUGAGGCUGUACCACAAGGACUACCACCAGACCAAGACCAAGAACCACCUCCCUCCCGACGUCAUCGCCAACAAAGUGGCCAAGCGCUGCCAGGACAUGCUGAGCGACGUCCUGUACCGCACCUACCUGCACCAGUGGACCUGCCACCCAGAGCAGGAGGACGCCAUCCGGGCCCGCAAGACCAACGAGAUCCUCAGCGAUGUUUUCUACAAAGACGACCUGAACUGGAUGAAGGGCAUCGGCUGCUACGUGUGGGACACUCCAGAGAUCGUCCGCGCCCAGAAAGCCUACUCCCUGCAGAGCGAGCUGAAAUACAGAGAUGAAGCCAAGAAGGAGUUCAACAACUACUCCAUCGUGACGGACACCCCUGUUUAUGUGACGGCCAUCCUGGGACACACCUGGGCCAGUGAGCUGAACUACAGAGAGGCCUACCACAAAGAGAAGCACCUGUACACCACCGUCCUCGACACCUACGACUACGCACGAUGCCACAACUUUAAGUACUUCUUCAGCCAGAAAAACUACACCGCGGCUUGGGACAAAAUCAAAGCCAAGAGUUACCAGAUUCCCAAAGACUCACACGCCCUGCAACACGCCAAGCUCCAGAAAGUCAUCCUCAGCAACGUCAAGUACAAGGAGGACUACGAGAAGUACAAGUCUCUGUACAGUCUUCCCAAGUGUCUGGAGGACGACCCCAACACGGCCCGCUGCGUCCGGGCCGGAAAACUGGUCCUGGAUCGUCUGUACAAAGCGGACUAUGAGAAGACCAAGGCCAAGAACCACAUUCCCGCGGACAUGCUGGAGAUCCUGUCCGCCCGCAAGACCCAGUCCACCGUCAGCGGCAUCCACUACAAGAAGUACCUGCACCAGUGGCUGUGUCUGCCCGAUAUGCAAGUGUUUGGACAGGCGCGCAAGGUCAACGAGCAGCUCAGCGACAUCUUCUACAAGGACGACCUGAACUGGCUCAGAGGCAUCGGCUGCUACGCCUGGGACACUCCUGAGAUCAUCAGAGUCAAACACGCCGGGAACCUGCAGAGCGAGGCCAAAUACAGAGCCAAGGGCAUCGAGAGCUUCAAGGAGUACACUGUGGUGACCGACACGCCCACGUACGAAGUGGCCAAACAGAACGCUGUCAACCUGAGCGACCUGCAUUAUCACUACGACUACAACACCAACGUGAAGGGAACCAACACUGCUCCAGCCGUCACCAUCGAGGGAGAGAGAGCUCGCAUGGCCAACUACAUCCAGAGCAACAACCACUACAAAGAGGCCAACAAGCAGUUCAUGCCCACGGGCUACUCCCUCCCCUACGACACGCCCGUCCACAAACAGGUCAAACACAACACUGUCGUCACCAGCAACUACAAGUACAAGGAGGCGUACGAGAUGAUGAAGGCCAAGGGCUACACUCUUCAUCCAGAGGGAGUCAGCUUUGUCACAUCCAGGAAGGCCAACAAGAUGAUCAACGAGCGUCUGUACAGAGAACAGUGGCACAAGACCAAGGACAAGAUCCACACCACGUACGACACCGGAGAGAUCAAGCAAGUCAAGAUGAACCAGAACCACCUCAGUAACUUGUGGUACCACGAGAAGCACAACGCGGCGAAGGGCCAGCUGCUGCCGAUGCCCAUCACGCCUCAGCUCAUGCACUGCGCCCACGUCAACGAGAUCACCAGCGACCUGAAAUACAAAGAGGACCUGUCGUGGCUGAGGGGCCUGGGCUGUUUCCUCUACAACACCCCGGAGAUGGUCACGGUCCGCAACAUCUCCAAGUUCAGGGCCAAUUACCCGGUGGAGGCCAAGAAGAACCUGCAUAACUUCACCGUUGUCCUGGAUACGCCGGAAUACAACCGUGUCACGGAGCUCAAGACACACAUGAGCGACUGGGUCUACAGAGCACAGAGCAAAAAGGAAAUGGCCAAAAUCACGACACCAGUGGAUUCCAUCGAUGUCAAGAGAGCUAAGUGGGCCCAGCAGCUCACCAACAAGUGGCAGUACUCGGAGCUGGCCACGAAGGAGAGAGCCUUCUUCACUCCAGAGAUGGAAACUCCAGGCAUGGGCCAUUGCAGGAAGAUGAAAGUGGUCUACAGCGACAACAAGUACAAGGACCAGUAUGAGAAAAUGAAGCACAGGUACACUGCCAUCGCGGACACUCCCAUCCUGAUCCGGGCCAAGAAAGCGUACCUCCAGUCCAGCGAUCUGCGCUACAAGGAGAGCUUUGAACUCGCCAAAGGCCACUACAGAACCGUGAAGGACGCCCUGGACAUCAUCAUCCACCGCAGAGUCACGGACGACAUCAGCGAAGUUAAAUACAGAGAGAAGUACAUCAACUCCCUGGGCACCUGGAAGUCCAUCCCUGAUCGCCCCGAGUUCUUCUUCAGCAGGAUUGCGGGCGAUAACGUCAGCAGCGUGAAGUACAAGGAGGACCUGGAAUGGCUGAGGGGAAUCGGAUGCUUCGUGUGGGACACUCCGGCGCUGGUCACGGCCGAGAGGAACAAGAAUCUGUACAGCGAGAGAUUGUACCGAGCGUCUUUCGAGAAGAACAGAGGGAACUUCAAAUACACCUGUGACUCUCCGUUCUUCGAGGCCGCCAAGAACGCCUCCAUCCUCAUCAACGACAGACACUACAGAGCUAAUUAUGAGAAGAGCAGAGGUAAAUUCACCAUCACCACAGACGACCCUAGGUACCAGCUGGCCAGAGAGAACAACAAGAUGAGCCAGUGGAAGUACAGGGAGCAGUAUGAACGAGCCAAGGACAAGUUCACGUCGGUCCUGGAGACGCCGGAGUACGAGUCCCACAAACGCACCAAGAAGAUCGGCGACAUUAUUUACAAGAUGGAGUACAACAAGAACAAGGCCAAGGGCUACACUCUGCCCUACGACACGCCGCACCAGAACCACAUGAAGAAGGUCAAGGACAUCACCAGCACCCUGAAGUACAAAGAGGUUUAUGAAAGAAGCAAAGCCCAGAUCAACAUGGAUCCUGAGGCCUACGAGAUCCGAGCGGCUAAAGAGGCCUACAAGAACAUCAGCAACCUUGACUACAAGAAGAAAUACGAAGCCACAAAGAACAAGUGGAUUUGGACGGCGGACAGACCAGACUUCAUCAACGCAGCCAAGAACACCCUGCAGCAGAGCGAUGUUGAGUACAAAUACGACAAGGAGUCCAUGAAGGGCUGCGUGAUCCCAGUGGUGGACGACAAGCUGACACUUUUGUGCGUGAAGAAUGCUCAGAUGGCCAGUGACGUGAAAUACAAGGAGAAGUAUGAGAAAUCAAAGUGCCACUACAACCCGGUCUCGGACUCGCCUCAGAUCCUCCACGCCAAGGCCGUGCGCUCUCUGGCUUCUGAGAGCAAAUACAAAGAGGCCAGUAAGAAGGAGAUGCAGACGGGAUCUUUCACCACUUUGACUGAGACCAGAGACACCAACCACAGCAAAGAGAUCAACAAACUCAUCAGCGGGAAACUGUACAAGGAGAAGUUUGAGAAGGAGAAGGGCAAGUCUGAGUACAACAACAUGACGGUUCCCCCUGAUGUGAAGCACGCCAUGGAUGUCACCAAGAACCAGAGCAACUUUGCCUACAAGAAGAACGCUAAAGCCAACCUGUCCUACACCUCGGUGGUCGACCGGCCCGACAUCAGGAAGGCCACACAAGCAGCAAAACUCAUCAGUCACAUUGGGUACCGUGAUAAAGCACGAGAGGAGGCCAGCAAAGGAGGCUCUCUGGCCCACCGCCCUGACAUAGCUCUGGCCACUGCGGUGUCCAAGCUGACCAGCCAGGUCCCCGCAGCAGGUGGCAAGCCCAUCCUCCACGGAGCUUCUUCGUACGACACGCUGCAGAUGCGUCACACUAAGAAAAUGAGUGCCAUGAAUAGUGAUGUGAAGUACAAGGAAAAGUUUGACAAGGAGAUGAAAGGAAAGAAGCCACAAUACGACCUGAAGGAGAGCAAGAUUUACCAGACCAUGAAGGACGCCAAUGAUCUGGCCAGCGAGGUGAAGUAUAAGACUGACCACCUGAAGAAGAUCCACAAACCCGUGACGGACAUGGCCGAGUCUCUGUCCAUGCAGCACAAUCUGAGCACCAGCAAACUCUCCAGCGACGUGAGGUACAAGGAGAAGUACGAGAAGGAGAAGGGAAAGCCGAUGCUGGACUUCGAGACUCCGUCAUACGUGACCGCGAAGGAGGCGCAGCAGAUGCAGAGUGCGAGAGAGUACAAGAAGGCACUGGAGAACGAGAUCAAGGGCAAAGGCAUGUUGGCUUUGGCUACAGACACUCCGGACUUCAUGAGGGCCAGGAACGCCACCGACAUCCUCAGCCAGACUAAGUACAAGCACACAGCAGAGAUGGACAGAGCGAGCUACACCAGUGUGAUUGACACUCCCGACAUCCUCCACGCUCAGCAGAUGAGGAACAUCGUCAGCCAGAAAAAGUAUAAGGAGGAGGCGGAGAGGACCAUGUCUCACUAUGUGCCAGUGCUGGACACUCCGGAGAUGCAGAGAGUCCGCGAGAACCAGAAGAACUUCAGCACUAUUCAGUACAAAGAGGAUUUGGGCGGAGGAACUGCUCUGUCCGAGACCCCAGAGAUGGAGAGAAUCAAACGCAACCAACAGAACAUUAGCACGAUCCACUAUAAGGAGACUCCGGGUCAGGGCACGUCCAUCCCAGACCUGCCCGAAGUCAAGAGGGUCAAAGAGACGCAGAAGAAUAUCAGCCGGAUUCAGUAUAAGGAGACUCUGGGUCAGGGCACGUCCAUCCCAGACCUGCCCGAAGUCAAGAGGGUCAAAGAAAUGCAGAAGAAUAUCAGCCUGAUUCAGUAUAAGGAGACUCUGGGUCAGGGCACGUCCAUCCCAGACCUGCCCGAAGUCAAGAGGGUCAAAGAAAUGCAGAAGAAUAUCAGCCUGCAUCAGUACAGAGAAGGCGUGGGACAGGGCACCUCCGUCCCCGAGACCCCAGAGAUGGAGCGAGUCAAACGCAACCAGCAAAACAUAAGCACGAUCAAAUACAAGGAGCACGUGGGGCGGGGCAUUGCCAUCUCGGACCUGCCCGAAGUGAAGAGGGUCAAAGAGACUCAGAGACACAUCAGCUCGGUUUUGUAUAAAGACAGCUCUGUCAAAGGGACUCCGGUCGUGUACACUCCGGAGAUGGAGCGAGUCAAACGGAACCAGGAAAACAUUAGCUCGGUUUUGUACUCGGACAGUUUCCGGAAGCAGAUCCAGGGAAAAGCCGCCUUCGUCCUGGACACUCCCGAGAUGAGGCGCGUCAGAGAAACACAGCGCAUCAUUUCUGGGGUGCGGUACCACGAGGACUUUGAGAAGAGCAAAGGCAGCUUCACGCCCACAGCCUCAGACCCAGUGAUGGAGCGCGUGAAGAAGACCACGCAGGAGAUGAGCGACGUCAACUACAAGGGAAUACAGCGCCGCGUAGUGGAGAUGGAGAGGAGGCGCGCCAUCGAGCACGACCAGGAGACCAUCACCGAUCUGAGAGUGUGGCGCACAAACCCCGGCUCAGUGUUUGACUACGACCCGGCGGAGGACAACAUCCAGUCCCGCAGUCUGCACAUGAUGUCUGUUCAGGCCCAGAAGCGCAGUAAGGAGCACAGCAGGUCCACCAGUGCUCUCAGCGGAUUGGCCGACGAGAAGUCUGAGGUGUCCCAGGACCCGGACCAUCACAUGUCUCUGUACAGCAACGGAUUCAUGACCCCCUCCACUGUCCUCCCGCUCACCGCACCUCUGUGUUUUGGGCAUUCUCCGCUCACCACUGAGCCUCUGUGUUUGGGCAGUCUCCGCUCAACCGUCCCUCCUGUGUUUGGGCAGUCUCCGCUCAACUGCCCUCUGUGUUUGGCAUUCUCCGCUCACUGCCCUCUUGUGUUUGGGCAUUCUCCGCUCACGCCCGCUGUGUCUCCCACAGAAAACCGCCCACUGUUGUUUUGUCAGUCUCCACACAAACAGGAGCCGCCCUCCAUGUGUUUGUCGUCUCCAUCCACACACCCGGCCCUCUGUGUUUGGGCAGUCCUCCGCUCACCGCCGCCUCUGUUUUGUCAGCUCUCCACACACCAAAGAAACAAUUUCCGGCCCUCCUGUUUGUCAGUCUCCACACAACCGCCCUCUGUGUUGGGCAGUCAUCCGCGUCAGCCCGCCCUCUGGUGUUUGUGCCAGUCUCCCGCUCCAAACCGCUACUCUGUGUUUUGGGCAGUCUCCGCUCACUUCCCUCUGUGUGUUCAGUCUCCACACAACCUGCCCUCUUGUGUGCGGACACGCCACCGGGAGAUCUUCCCGAUGCUCCCGAUGGCCAGCUCCGGGCCAGGUCCUCCACACACCGCCCUCUCUGUGUUUGGGGGCAGCCUCCGUCACCCGCUCAAGACGGAUGUCCAAGGCCCGCUCUGUGUGCGGACAGUCUCCACAGCACACCGGCCCUCUGAUUUGGGCAUCUCCCCGCUCACGGGACGCCGCAGCGACGGCCCCUCGUGGUGUUUGGGCAGUCUCCACAGGAAGGAGAUCUGUAAUCUCCGCAAAUCACCGCCCUCAGACCUGGCUGUAGGUGUGUUUGGGCAAGUCUCCGCACCGUCGCCCACAUCCCUGCCCUCCGUGGUGUUUGGGCAGAUCCUCAACGCUCGCUGCCCCUGUGUUUGUCAGUCUCACACACAUGCAUGCCGCCCUCUGUGUUUGGGCAGUCUCCGCUCACUGCCCUCUGUGUGUGUCAUGUCCUCCACACACCGCCGCUCUGUGUUUGGGCAGUCUCCACUCACCGCUCCCUCUGGUGUUUGCAUCUCAUCCGCGCUCAAAACCCGCCCUCUGCCCGUCUGUGAAGGAAAGGCCCACAUAUCCACUAGGAGACUCACUUCAUGUUUUACUCAGAGUUGA